AUGGUAGUUACAGGUUUCAUCCACCACACGCCAUCACUUAACAAGCUCAUUGCCCAUGUCCUCUCAAUGGGCUCGCCUGGUCUUGCCUAUGCUUAUUCAAUCUUCUCUCACACUCAAGAAGCAAAUAUACUUACUUGGAACACCAUGUUGAGAGGCUUCGUCGACUCCGACAUGCCGAGAAGGGCACUCCAGAGCUACAUUGAAAUGCUUCUAUGGUCUAGCAAUGUUCCUGAUAGAUUCACGUUUCCUUCUCUGCUGAAGGGUUGCGCCCAUUUAUUGGAUUUCAAAGUUGGGAAGAUUUUGCAUGGCCAAGUUGUCAAGUAUAUGCUUGAUUCUGACCUGUACGUAGAAACCACAUUGUUAAAUAUGUAUGCUGCCUGUGGGGAUUUAAACUCAGCGAGGCUGCUGUUUGAGAAAAUGGGUCACAGAAACAAAGUGGUUUGGACUUCUAUGAUCAGUGGUUAUACCAGAAACCAAUGUCCAAAUGAGGCCUUGCUUUUGUAUGAGAAAAUGGAGGAAGAUGGGUUUAGCCCUGAUGAAGUUACCAUGGCCACGCUUGUAUCAGCUUGUGCUGAAUUGAGAGAUUUGGUUGUUGGAAUGAAGCUGCAUUCUCGAAUUCGGGAGACGGGUAUGAAGAUUUGUGCUGUUUUAGGAAGUGCUUUGGUUGAUAUGUAUGCUAAAUGUGGGGAGCUCAAAACUGCAAGGCAAGUGUUUGAUCAUUUGUCAGAGAGAGAUGUAUAUGCUUGGUCGGCUUUGAUUUUUGGUUAUGUCAAGAACAACAGAAGCAUAGAGGCAUUGCAAUUAUUCAGGGAAGUGGCUGGCAGUUCGAACAUGCGUCCGAAUGAAGUCACAAUUCUAGCUGUGGUUUCGGCUUGUGCUCAAUUGGGUGACUUGGAAACAGGAAGAUGGAUUCAUGACUACAUUGCGAGGACUCAACACGAUCUGUCUGUUAGUUUGAGUAACUCAUUGACCGACAUGUACGCAAAGUGUGGAGAAAUAGAUGUUGCCAAAAAAAUCUUCGAUAGCAUGUCGAAAAGAGAUUUGAUCUCUUGGAAUUCCCUCAUUAAUGGUCUUGCUCUGCAUGGCCUCGGCAGGGAGGCUCUCGCACGGUUCCGUCAAAUGCGAACGACAGACUUGAAGCCAGAUGAUAUAACUUUAAUUGGGGUACUGACUGCCUGCAGCCACGCAGGGUUAGUUCAAGAGGGCAAGAAGCAUUUCCAUGAAAUGAAAGCUUUAUAUGGAAUCAGACCUAAGUUGGAGCAUUAUGGGUGCAUGGUAGAUCUUUUAUGCAGAGCGGGACUUCUGGCAGAAGCUCGGGAAUUUAUCCGAGCAAUGCCUUUAGAACCAAAUGGUGCAAUAUGGGGCUCUAUGCUUGGCGCUUGCAGAGUUUAUAACAAUAUUGAACUCGGGGAGGAAGCUGCGAGAUGCCUGCUAGAACUUGAACCAACAAAUGAUGGAGUUUACAUUUUGCUCUCAAACAUUUAUGCAAGAAGGAAAAUGUGGAAUGAAGUGAAAAAGAUUAGAGAAUUGAUGAAUGAAAGAGGAAUUCAGAAAACACCUGGUUGCAGUUCGAUUGUCAUCGAUAACGUCACCCAUUCGUUUCUGGCUGGAGAUUGUUCUCACCCAGAAACAACUGAAAUAUUUAUGAUGCUUACACAAGUUAGAGAGAAGCUGAAGCUGGCAGGCUAUGUUGCAGAUAUCUCAGAAGUAUUACAAAACAUUAAUGAUGAUAAGAAGGAAGAAUCAGUUUCUCAACAUAGUGAAAAACUAGCUUUAUGUUAUGGCUUAUUGAAAUCCAAGGAAGGGGGAAGAAUAGUUAUCCUGAAGAACCUUAGGGUCUGCUCAGACUGUCAUACUGCAAUAAAACUAGUCUCAAAAAUCUACCGGAGGCAGAUAACGGUCAGAGAUCGAAACCGUUUCCACCACUUCAAAGACGGUUCCUGUUCCUGCAGAAAUUAUUGGUGA